AUGAGGGAAAGUUGGGUCAUGACGAGGAUUUUGAGUGUCUUACCGCCAAAACUGGCACAUUUCAGAGCUGCGUGGAACAACGUGACGGGACAUGCAAAGAACUUGGACACACUCAUCGAACGUCUGAGACUUGAGGACGAGCAGCUUAGAGAACCGACGACAAACGCAGAGGGCAGUACCAGCAACGCUCUCAUGGCAAAACGUGGUAAACAAGGGCAGUCGUCGAGCAAGCAGGACAAGUCACAGUUCACAUGUUACAAAUGUGGGAAGCCAGGUCACGUGAUCAAGGAGUGCAGAGGAAAGGCAUGUCAGAAGUACAUUGAGUAUUGCAAGAAGAAAUACUCAUGUAACAAUUGUAAGCAGAAAGGCCACUUCGCAAAGGAUUGUCCAUCCCGAGAAGAAGGAAAUAAGUCAGCAAAUGGAAAACCCAAGAAGGCAUUUUUGACCACAGCUCUCUCGACACUGGACAACGACAUCUCGCAGGACAGGGCAACUUCAUGGUAUCAAGACAGUGGAGCCAGUCAACACAUAACGUCUCAGUCAGUCACAUGUUAG